CACAGCUGAUUUGUAGCUAAACAAAACAUUCAACAAAUCUUCCAUGUGCGAUUUGAAAAUUUGUUUUACUUUUCAACGUAAAUAAACAAAAAACUUGUUCAAAUAUGGGAAAUUUAAAGCCGAAGGUGAAAAACAAUAAUGCUAAUAAAGGGCAUCAGCAAAAUAAGCGUAAACUAAAUAAUAAUGGAAAGCAACAAUAUAAGUCUAAUAAACCUAAUUUUCCAAACUCAAACCAAUGGCGCCGGAAAAAGCCACAAGAUGAGGCCAGAAAACAAAAAUUAAAAGAACGCGAAGAACUGAGAGCGCAAAAAAUUGCAGAAUCUAAAGCUGAAAAAGAGCGUGUGCAGCGCGAAAAAGAGGAACGCAUACGCAAUUACAAGAAGAAACGUUUAGAGAAAACAAAAGUGAUCAGCAAGAAAACCAAGCGCGGUCAGCCGCUAAUGAAGGAUCGCAUGGAAUUGUUAUUGAAGCAAAUACAAGAAAUGAAGCGUGGGGCAUAGUUAAGAAAUAUGGGAAAUAAUGAAUAGUCUAUAGGAUUAAAAAAAAUAAAAAUAAAUUAAAAAAUUUUCGAACAAGAUGGAAAUCUUAAGCGUUAUCAUACAAUAAUAUUAGAAAAUAAAUAAUAAU